CGUUUUCUGGACAAAACUUAGAGCAGAACCAUAGACCACGGAUUCCAGACUUUCCGGCUUGACUCGCUCCUCUUCUUCUCCAUUUCAUCUUUUGUGUCUUGGGCAAUUUCCUUUUUUUUUUCCAACGACAACUCUUAGACUCUAGACUUGGUAUCCAUAUUCCUUUUUCUCUUGGGGCCUCCCACUCAGCUAGGAACCACACUCCACCUCAGCUCGGCUCGGAACACGACCCAACAUCAUGUCCAUUCGCAAGCUCAACGUGCAGACCUUCCCGCGCCCCCCGCUGGUCGAGAGGGCGCCCCGUCACAUUCAGAUCAAGUGGCAUGGUCAGCUCAUCGCCGACGUCCCUCCUGGUGAGGCGUACUGGGUUCUGGAGACCCAUCAUCCACCCACUUACUACAUUCCCCCCUCGCUCGUGCGCCUCCCUCUUGCGACUACUCCCAGGUCGACUUUCUGCGAGUGGAAGGGAACCGCCACAUACUACUCCAUCAUGAGCCCCAUUUCGGCCGCCGAGACCAUUUCCAACAGAAUCUGGGCCUACAAUGAGCCCGCAAAGGGCUACGAGGCCAUCAAGGGCUACCUUGCCUUCUAUGCCUCCCCUUGGGAGUGCUAUGUCGACGGCGAGCGCGCCCAGCCCCAGCCCGGUGACUUCUAUGGCGGUUGGGUGACGAGCGAUGUCGAGGGUGUCGUCAAGGGCCAGUGGGGAACCUGGGACCCUGUCCUCUAAGGAGUUCCAGAUCGGGUAGAAAACACAAAGAAACAAUUUCAAGGUCAGGGAAUUUGGGGGGAGCUUCUCUUGGUGUGUUGAGGGGUUUUUCUGGAGUUGGGCCGGAAGGGUUAUAGAAACGCAUACACAUGGCUGGUUAUUAAAACGGUGCAUAUGGGAUCGGAAAGCGCAUUUUGUUGGGAAGACAACAACAGAAGAAAAUUUCAUAUCAUCAUCCUUUAGAAGGCGCUGCAACACCUAGAAGAGGCAUUCGAUGCAAAUCGACCAUGGCAUGUUGGAUUCUCUUGCUUGAGCGGGAUCACAGAAUUGGUGCGUGUUGGCGUGAUGGUGUGACAGGUUUGGAAGUGUAAAGGCUGUC